GGGAGGGAGGGAGGGAGGCCGGUCCCUUCCUCUCGCCAUGCCGCCCUGGGGGCUCCUCCUCCUGCUGCUCCUGCUAGGCGAGUCCGGGGCUCCUCCGGCCUGGUCCCCUCCUUCCUCCUCCUCCUCCUCCUCGGCGGCGUCUCCCUGGUGCCCCUUCUUCUUCCCGGGCGAGGCGGCUGAGGGCGGGCUGUGCUUCCGGAGGGCGGCGCGGGGCUUCGAGUGCCGUCCGGGCAGCUGCCGGGCGCAACUCUUCUCCCCGGGCGGGAACCUGAGCGCCAGCGUGCUGGGCAACGGGAGCGUGCUGCUCCAGUGGGCCUGGCCGCCUCCGGCCUCUCCUCCGCGGGGCUUCCGCCUCUCCUGCUCGUGGGAAGGGCCCCAGGCCGCGCCAGGCCUCCCUUGCCGCUCCGUCCGCCUCGGCGCCGCCUGCCGCGACUACCUGCUCCCCGAGGCCCACGCCGGGAUCCGGUACCGCCUCUGCCUCGCGGCCCUCUCCCUGCCGCCUCGGGAGGAGAAAGAAGAAGGCCGCGAGGGCCUCUCCCUGCCGCCGCCUCGGGAGGAGGAAGCCGAAGAAGAAGGCGAGUGCGUGGAGUUCGAGGGCCAGCCCGCGGGGCCCCGCGACAUCGUGGUGGCCAUGGCCGCCGUGGGGGGCGCCAUCUGCGUCAUGCUGGUCCUCAUCUGCCUCCUCGUGGCCUACCUCACCGAGAACGCGCCCCCCGCCCGGGCCGGGCCUACACCGCCCCCACAAGCCUGACCUGGGGUUGCCAUGGCGACGGGGCACUGCGCCAUCUUGGAAGAGGACACCCCACAGGGACAGGAGGAAGGCGGCUCCCCUGAGGGAAUGGCCCUUACAAGAUGGCGCCCUGAGGGAAGGACUCGUGCUAGAUGGCGCCCUGAGGGAAUGCCUUUUACAAGAUGGAGUCCUGAGGGAGUGGCUCUUACAAGAUGGCGCCCUGAGGGAAUGGCUUGUACAAGAUGGCAGCCUGAGGGAAUGGCUCUUGCAAGAUGGUGGCCUGAGGGAUUGACUUUUACAAGAUGGCGGCCUGAGGGAUUGACUUUUACAAGAUGGUGGCCUGAGGGAAUGGCACCCUGAGGGAAUGGCUUUUACAGGAUGGCACCCUGAGGGAAUGGCUUUUACAAGAUGGCGCCCUGAGGGAAUGCUUCUUACAAGAUGGCAGCCUGAGGGAUUGACUUUUACAAGAUGGUGGCCUGAGGGAAUGGCACCCUGAGGGAAUGGCUUUUGCAAGAUGGCAGCCUGAGGAAUGGCACCCUGCAAGAUGGCAGCCUGAGGGAAUGGCUUUUACAAGAUGGCGCCUUGAGGGAAUGACUCAUACAAAAUUGAGCCCUGAGGGAAUGACUUGUGCAAGAUGGCGCCCUGAGGGAAGGACUCAUGCAAGAUGGCGCCCUGAGGGAAUGGCUUUUACAAGAUGGCGCCCCGAGGAGAUGAUGCUUCCAAGAUGGCACCCUGAGGGAAUGGCUUGUGCAGGAUGGCGCCCUGAGGGAAUGGCUUUUACAAGAUG